UCACGGAAGCAUCGAGAGAAGGAAGGCGGGGACUUUGAGCAGGGGCGAUGCCAGUAGAGAUGGUGAGAAGCCGAUGGAUUCAGGACAUAGAGGACACGAGGUGCCAGAGACUGGACGCAAGGCUUUUCUGGCAUCCCGGGGAACCCCUGCCGAUCGAGGUGCAGGUGUCCCGCACGGCAGGGCUGAGAAGAAAGCCUCCGCCUGAGCGCCGCCAGCUGAGGUCACAAGACGACCGUGCCAGUCCGUGCUCGCCUGUACAGGGGACACCGCAGAACACAUCAGAAGCAGCCCGACCCUCUGUGGCCAAAGGACGAGCUGGCUCCUGGCACAGGCGGGGAAAACAUCGCAGCUCUGCAGCAGGAGAGGGAUUUCGGCAGGAAGACAGGUACUGCGCCAUUAUCGUGAUGCCGGUGCUUCCGAGGCCUGAAGUUAAGGAGGUCAAGGCCAUAGGUUCAAACUGCAGCCUCACCCCGCCUUGUGAGUCAACUAGCUUCGCUCGGUUCCGUGGUAGCAGACGUCACCCCCUACGUUCGUUGGCUGUCACUGGGUCCGAGAGACAUGCAGCAAAGGCACAGACACGCAUGGGCGCACAGAGCCCCCAGCUCUCCCAAUGGCUCCCUGGCUUGGGACCCACAACUCCGAGAAAAGCCAGGCCCCGAAAGGUCCAGAGUGGCAACGUGGCUGCGGCAACCUCCCUGCAGAAGCGAGACUGGACGUCACACCGAGUGACUAAGACAGCCUCAACUAGGUUCUUCGGUUCCUGCAUGAGAAAGAAUACUUGGGAAGUUCACCAUGACAACAUCUCCCAAAGUGUAUUCCCUGGAAAGGGGUCGGUGGUCAAACAUGUCGGGGAAACGGUGCGUACCUUCUCCUCCACCUGGAAGAUUCGUGGUAUGUGCAAGCAUAUUAAACGUUCUGAAAAGGACUGCAAUAAAGUGUGAAAUGAAUCAAGGGAGACCGUGAAAGCAGACUCAGGUGGCCAGAAGGGAGAGCCGUACUACUCAACAUUAGUCACAGGAAGAAUCGUCAAUCAGAGACCCCAGCAGAGGCAUCCUUACCAGGAGAGCAUCGUGAUCACAGGCCCAACAGGGAAGGACGGACCCUGCAUCUCCCGUGAGAGACAUCUCCCGCGAGAGACAUCUCCCGCGAGAGACAUCUCCCACGAGAGACAUCUCCCACAAGAGAUCCACCACCCCAGCACUCGGCCAGUGAGAAACCGCCGUCACCCUGAACUCCUGCCAAUCUCCAGUGAACUUCUGUUCAGGACAGCCUCUCCCAGCGCCCCUCCUCCUUCUCAUAAGAUAACGCUCCUCUCCGUUCUUCAUUGCACUGGCCCGUGGUUUUGCCCCAGCUUGCAUGUCCCCAAUUGCAAUUCUCCGCUAUUCCCAAAUAAACCCAUUUGUGCUGGUAAAACAACUUUUAUUUUGAAAGUUAACAAAAGCAACCUUCUGUCUGCCUUUGUUGAACCAGUUAGUACUUCCUAAACUUAAGGCACAUGUCAAUUUCCUUAAGAGUUAGUAUUCCAAGAAAUGCACUGUCAGGAAACAAAUAACUCGCCUAUUCAACCAGCCACCGGCAAGCCUCGAUCCUGUUCCUCCACUGAGACACACACCUUUCCUCCUUCCCUCCCUGGGAGCAGACACAAGACAUUGGUGCUGCCCCUCCCCCACUCCCCCCAGAGCCUGGACCCCACUGGAGCUGGGCUCUCGAGCAGCAGACCAACAGAGCCUCCAAGGAUGGAAAACGGCUCCCCGAUAGACUGUGGGUAAAAAUCCAUCAGCUCUAACACAUUUAAUUACUCCCAGCUCAAGAACUUUCAAAGAUUCACUCUGAAAUUUAUUUUUAUGGUUACACGGUAAGUCUCUGAAAAUCCUAGUCUUCAAACAGCAUCACCGACAGCCCUCACUUAAUCGCUCUGGUAGAUCAUAUAUAAAAACAAAAUAGAGCUAAAAAAAAAAAAAUCAUUCUGUGUUAGUGAACAGAUGUCUGGCCCAUUUGCAAUUAAUACGACCCACUUCCAUACAAUC